AAAUUGGGUAAAAAUCGAUGGAAAGGACGUUUGUAAAAAAUGCAAAAAUUUGAAACUUUAUGCUAAUAAGCCUAAUCAGAUCGUCCAUCAGAAUUUCACCGAAUAUCCCUCUCGCUCCUGCUCUCGGCUAGCAAUCCAGAAACCGAUCUAGAAUAAACAGAAAGAAUCACGAUGAGCGAGGUAUUUGAAGGUUACGAACGCCAAUAUUGCGAGCUUUCUGCGAAUUUAUCGAAGAAGUUGACGUCGGCCAGUCUACUUGACGGAGAGCAGAAGAAACAAAAAAUCUCUGAAGUAAAAACUGGAGUAGAUAAUGCAGAAGCUCUGAUUCGGAAAAUGGACGUUGAGGCCCGUGGUUUGCAACCAAAUGUUAAAGCAGUGCUGCUUGCUAAACUGAGAGAAUAUAAAACCGAUCUUAACAAUGUAAAAAAUGAAAUUAAGCGAAUUGCAUCAGCAAGCCUAAACCAGGCUGCCCGAGAUGAUUUGCUGGAGGCAGGGAUGGCUGAUACAUUAACUGUAUCGGCUAAUCAGAGAGACAGAUUGUUAGUGUCAACUGAAAGAUUGAACAAAUCCAGUGACAGGAUUCUAGAAAGUAGAAAGGUCAUGCUGGAGACAGAGGAUCUUGGCGUCUCACUUCUUCAAGAUCUACACCAACAGCGACAGUCUCUCUCACAUGCAAAUAACACGCUUCAUGGUGUGGACGAUAAUGUAAGCAGGAGCAAGAGAAUUAUAAAUUCCAUGUCAAGGAGGAUGAACAGAAACAAGUGGAUUAUAGGUGCUGUAAUUACGGUACUAGUCAUUGUCAUUAUUGUGAUAUUGUAUUUUAAACUUUCCAAGUAACUAGGACUGUGUCUGUUUGGAGAUGUUGUGAAGUACAUGAGCUUGUUGUCAACUUAACUCCAUAUUUUACUUUCUGUGAGUUUACGGUUCAGUAUGAUUUCUGGUGCUUUUUUUCCCCUUAUUAUGAAAAAGCUACAUAUUUGAAAAACAUUGUGAUUUUCAUGGUUGUAAUCUUGGAUUGCCUUGUAACUUUGAAUUCGCUGCAGUCGGAAAGCAAUCUGCCAUUCACUUU